CCACCUUAGGCCCCUUCUGGUACAGUUACCUACUCACCUCACCACCUGCCACCCUUGGUUUCACUCCACUCCACUUUAUAUUAGACUGCCCUCACAGCCCCACCUCCAUUGAGCUGGUGCUUCUCCUGGUCACCUUGCAGUUCCUCUGGUUUGGGACUUGCAAAGUGAUACUACAGGAAGAGGAGAGGAUUUGGAUAAAUGGGGCUUACAGCAAUCUUUUGUGCAAGCACUCUACUAGCUCUGUUGAUCUCUUCUUCUACGACUGCACAAUCUCCUCCAGCCCCAUUUCUACCUCCAUCUCCGGCACCUGCGCCUGCUCCUGCUCCUGCACCACAUCUUGUGAACCUCACUGACCUACUUUCAGUUGCUGGCCCUUUUAGCACUUUCCUCAACUACCUACUGCAAACCAAAGUCAUCGAUACAUUUCAGAACCAGGUUAACAGCAGCAAACAAGGUAUCACCAUCUUUGUGCCAAAAGAUUCAGCUUUUGCAGCCCUCGAGAAGUCUGACCUCGGCAAUCUUACCCAAAACCAACUGAGGACCCUGAUGCUCUACCAUGCCUUCCCUAAGUUCUACUCACUGUCUCAAUUCAAGAACCUGAGCAAUUCGAACCCGGUCAGUACAUUCGCUGGUGGGCAGUAUGCAUUGAAUGUCACCGACACGUCUGGGCUCAUUCGUGUUGUUUCAAACUGGGCAACCUCGAAGAUAUCUAGCAGCGUCUGGUCAACAGCUCCAGUGGCACUUUAUCAGAUCGAUAAGGUUUUGCUUCCAUUAGCAAUCUUCAGCACUGAUCCGCCUCUAGCACCAGCUCCGGCACCGGCUCCAGAAACCAAGAAACCAUCAGAUCUGUCUCCAACCCAAAGCGGAAUCGCUUCUGCUCCCAAAUCUUCCGAGUCAUCAACCACUAAUGGUUCUUCAUUCGGCACCAGCAUCUGCCUCUUCAACUACUUGGUUCUGGUUCUCUCUGGAGUUCUGAUGCUUAUUAUGUGAGGGGCUCUGCUCUCUGGAGAAUCCUUCGAAGCACAGAAUGCAGCACAUUCACUGCCUUGGCUUUCUUUUGGUUCAAUUCUGGUCAUUCUUCAUGGUGGAGUAGAUGCGAUGUUUGAAUGGAAUUUGCUACAUGUGUUGUGCUAUAGCUACUAUCUGUCGAUAUAGUUCUUUCAUUUAGUGAUAUGGAGGACAUUGGGAUGUUUUACUUCAUUCUAUGAGAUAAUAUGCUUUAAACUUUGCCUGAAAUAAGAGAUGAUGAUGAUGAUGAUGAUGAUGAUGAUGGCAUGCUGAACAAGUUCCAUGCCUUUUAAAGUU